UUGGUGCCGGUCAGGUCCUGAGAGUCCUGAACUAGAGAGGUUCAACCCGUAAAUGAAAGAGAAAAUGUUUCAAUAGCCACAUGGGAAACUGAGAAUUAAACGAGGGUGGGAACACUGAUAUCAUCCAAGGUAUUAAAAUACAAGCCCAGCCACACUAUUGCAGUGUGUUUAUUUCUAUUUCAGAGGGAUAUUUGCCAAAUGGUAAAGCUGAGUAAGCAGCCCAGGCAUUAAACAUCCUAGUGCUGUGGGUAUAGAAGUUCCUCCCCAAGGUUUGUCUCUCUUAUCCCUGACUGAGGACAGAGAAUGGAAUUAGAACCCAGAUAUUCAACAUCACCUCCGUGUGCUUUCUUCUGCUUUCCUGCCAGCUAAACACAAAUUCUGUGAGCAUAGAAAUCAGAUACAGCCUGUGCCCCCUAGAGCUCACCAUCCUGGCAGAGAAGGCAGAGAAAUGGUAGAGUGGAAAAAGGCACAGGGAGGGCAAAUAAGCAGCCCAAGAUCACAGAGCAGCCACCACAUGACACGCUGAGGAAGGACAUGCCCAACCAAACCACCGUGACAGAGUUCCUGCUCCGGGGGUUCGCUGACGUGCGGGAGCUGCAGAUUCUGCACUUUGUGGUGUUUCUGGUGCUUUACCUGGCAGCCCUGGUGGGGAACCUUCUCAUCAUUUCAGCCGUAGCCCUCGACCACCGUCUUCACACCUCCAUGUACUUCUUGCUGGCAAAUCUGUCAGUCCUGGACCUCGGUUUCAUCUCUGUCAUUGUCCCCAAAUCCAUGGCCAACUCCCUCAUGGACACCAGGGUGAUUUCCUAUGCUGGGUGUGUUGCUCAAGUCUUUCUCUUUUUCAUCUUUGGUGCAACUGAAAUUGCCUUACUCACCAUCAUGGCCUAUGACCGAUACGUCGCCAUCUGCCAGCCCCUGCACUACGAGCGAGUGAUGAACAGGAGAGCCUGUGUCCACAUGGCUGCCUGCGCCUGGAUCACUGGUAUUGCCUACUCUGCCCUGCACACCGGGAGCACCUUCAGUUUACCCUUCUGCCAGUCCAAUAUCAUCAACCAGUUCUUCUGUGAUAUCCCCCAGCUCCUCCAGCUGGCCUGCUCUGACUCCUACCACAGUGAAGGUGUGGCUAUUGCUCUGGGGGCAUUUUUAGCCUUAAGCUGCUUUGUUUUUAUCAUUGUGUCUUAUGUGCAGAUCUUCAGAGCGGUGCUGAGAAUCCCCUCGGAGCAGGGCCGGCACAAAGCCUUCUCCACCUGCCUCCCCCACCUCGCUGUGUUCUCCUUGUUUGUUUGCACUGGCACCUUCAGCCACCUGCAACCCUCCUCUAGCUCUGCAUCCGCUCUGGAUCUGGCGGUGGGUGUGCUCUAUGCCGUGGUACCCCCCAUGAUGAAUCCGGUCAUCUACAGCAUGAGGAACAAAGAGAUCAAAGCUGCCCUGAAGAAACUGCUGGGGUGGAGGUUAUUCCCCAAGAAUUAAAAUAUCCAUCAGUGCUCCUCGGCUCUGAUCGCAUUCUGAGACGGAGUGUAGCUGUUAUCACCAGCUGGCAAAAUGGUCUAUUUCCCACCAUGAUGUGCAAUGGGAUUAGGAAGCUAUAAACUCUGCACUAGCUGCACUGGAGUGAAAUGAAUUAGUUUUGGGUGACCCCAGUGUGUAUGACAUCAGAAUCUAAAUAUCUGUCCAUAGAGCUACAUAAACACCUAUCUGUUGGCCUUCAGGAUUUCUACUGUUGCUGUAACUGCGCUAUCUGAGCAUGUUGCAUAGAAUAUCAUGAGCCAGUAGUAAGUCAAAUGUACUUCAUGAGGCUUUUGGUGCUUCUACUUUUAUGGGAUCAAAUUUGUGGAUGGGAUAUGAGAGUUUUUGCUUCUUUAUUAGUUUUUUUCCCCCUUAACUUUCUUUCACUUUGGUUGACUUUUUCUUUCGUUCCAGUUAGCUAAGGGGGUGGGCGUUUGGGAGAGUGGAGUGUUCUGGAUUAAACUGGAGGUCCAUUCAUUCUGUCACCCAUUCAAUGGAUCAGUGUCAUAAUUUCUUUAAGGCGAUUUUCUAAGGGACCUCAAGUUUUGCUGUCCUUAUUGCUGAAAGUGUCUGGUUAGGUGAAGUAUUGCUCAAAUUAUAUUUUAAGGCUGACAGGAUUUUAUUGUGUUAUUUGCAAUGCGUUAGAGCACUUUGAACCAUUCAUAUUUAUAUAGAUUAUUUAUUUGUAAUGUUAUUUAUUUACACAAAUAAAUGCUUUGAUGCAAAGAGCCUUUGGAAGAGAAAGCUAUGGCAAUGUUACCAAAAGUCAAACUGAG